CCACGGCGAUCAGACUUGCGAAUGCUUGCGAACGACGAACACAUGUUCGUUUUGUUUGUUGACGAGUGCAGACGAAACAGUGAUUGAAUUUUCUCACAGAUUCUUUCUAUUCAGUCUGAAUUAAAAAAAAAAUAGUGAAUUGCACAUGAACUUAAAUGUGCAAUACCAUUUGAAUAGUAUAAAAGAUUGUGGGAGCAUGAAAACUUGUACCUAUAAAUCAUAACCUACAAACAAGUGCGAAGGUUAAACACAACGAAAUUUCUCGAUCAUGAAGAUUUCGAGAUUAAAAAAGGUCCAAAAAAACUUAGGUUUUUAUGUAAAUAAUUAUAAAUUUCGUGAGCCUUAUCAAGUGCUUAUAGACGGAACAUUUUCAUUUGCCGCUCUUGAAAAUAAAUUCAGUAUACAAGAACAAUUACCAAAAUAUUUUCAAGCUGAGACAAAACUGUUAACAACCCAAUGCGUUAUACUUGAAACUGAAAAAUUGGGACCCAAAGUCUAUGGGGCCAUGCUCAUAGUUAAGCAAUUCGCAGUGCAUCGAUGCGGACAUGAAAAAAAUCCAACUUCUGGAACAAAAUGUUUACUCUCCAUGAUAGGAAAAGACAAUCCUUCAAGAUAUCUUAUAGCAACCCAAGAUCGCGAGUUACAAGAUCGGUUGAGAUCAAUACCAGGGGUUCCCUUGUUGUAUUUACACGGCAAAGCCCCAACGUUAGAUCCACCAUCGCAUACAAGCAGAAAUCAUGCAGGUGAACUGUUGAAGAGAAUAUUUAUGAAUUCGACGCAGGAAGAGACAAUUAAAUCAUUGAAACAAAUAUCUGGUUUGGCAACGGAGACGGAGACAAAACCUAAGAAAAAGCGAAAAAAGGGUGGACCGAAUCCUUUGAGUGUAAAGAAGAAACAGAAGAAAGUACCGGAGAAGGGUAUAGCUCAGAAAAAAACCUCUGGCAAAGUACGAAAAAGAAAAAAGGUGAAAAUAUCGAGUCAUGUAAAGGAAGCACUAAAAAUGUCACAAAAGUAAAUAAAGUACGAUAAUGGCUGUA